AUGGUCAAGGAAACCAAGUUCUACGACGUGCUCGGCGUCUCGCCAGAUGCCUCCGACGCACAGCUGAAAUCCGCCUACCGCAAAGGCGCUCUCAAGCACCAUCCCGAUAAGAACGCCCACGAUCCUUCCGCCGCCGAGAAGUUCAAGGAAAUCUCACACGCCUACGAAACCCUCUCCGACGGACAAAAGCGCCAGAUCUACGACCAAUAUGGCGAGGAGGGACUUGAGCAAGGCGGACCAGGCGGCGGUGGUGGCAUGGCUGCCGAGGACCUCUUCGCGCAAUUCUUCGGCGGCGGCGGUGGUGGCUUCGGUGGUAUGUUCGGAGGUGGUAUGCAACAAGAGCGUGGACCGAAAAAGGCGAGGACGAUCCACCACGUGCAUAAGGUGAGCUUGGAGGACAUCUACCGCGGCAAGGUCAGCAAGUUGGCGCUGCAGAAGAGCGUCAUUUGCUCCAAGUGCGACGGUCGUGGUGGUAAAGAGGGCGCGGUCAAGACGUGCACGGGAUGUAAUGGACAAGGAAUGAAGAUGAUGAUGCGCCAGAUGGGACCGAUGAUUCAGCGAUUCCAGACCGUCUGCCCGGACUGCAAUGGUGAGGGCGAGAUUGUGCGGGAAAAGGACAAGUGCAAGCAGUGCAAUGGCAAGAAGACGAUUGUCGAGCGCAAGGUGCUGCAUGUGCACGUCGAUCGCGGUGUUACCUCCGGCACAAAGAUUGACUUCCGCGGAGAGGGAGAUCAAAUGCCAGGCGUGCAACCUGGUGAUGUUCAGUUCGAGAUUGAGCAAAAGCCACACGCUCGAUUCCAGCGCAAGGGUGACGAUCUGUUCUACCACGCUGAGAUUGAUCUCCUGACUGCUCUUGCUGGAGGUGCGAUCUACAUCGAGCACCUCGACGAGCGGUGGUUGACGGUGGAGAUCAUGCCCGGCGAGGUCAUUUCUCCUGGCGAAGUGAAGGUCAUCCGUGGCCAAGGUAUGCCCUCAUACCGCCACCACGACUUCGGCAACCUCUACGUACAAUUCGACGUCAAAUUCCCUUCGAAGCUCACCGGUCCUCCCGACAGCGAUGGCUUCCCAACCGCCCUCCAACCAGAACAGAUCAAAGCGCUCGAAUCCGUGCUGCCACCUCGCAUGCCUCAGAACAUCCCUCCGACGGAUGCCAUGACCGAGGACUACAGCUUGGAGAAGGUCGACCCCACGAGAGAAGGAGAUCGCGCCGCGAGGGCGACGGAUGAGGACGAUGACGAGAUGGGCCAGGGUGGUGAGCGGGUGCAGUGUGCUAGCCAGUAA